AUGCAGCAGAGUUCGGACAAUGACGACGAUUCUGUUUACGUCAUCGACGUGAAAGAAGACGAAGGCAGCGACGAGCCAGAAGAAAUCGUCAAAAGCGAAGUUUCUACCGGUAGUUUCAAUUUUCCCGGAACGAAUUCGCUGGAGCGUAUUUCUGGGACAAGUUUGACAACUCUUUCCUCGAACGCGACUUUGCUGAACUAUCCGGAGGGAUUGACGAUUGGGACGCCUUCUUCUUACUCGAACUUGCAGACUGGCGAGAGCAAGGAGUUCAAGAAAUCGACCCUUUCUUCUGACAGGACCGUGGUGAAGCAGUUCGGCGAAUAUCUCGCCACCGAUCCGUUUGAGACUCUUGGUCUCCCGACAAUUCCGCUGGAACGCGAUCAUGGCGAGUUUUAUGUGCUUGACCAGGUUAUUGAAGGAUUGGAGAUUCACCAACUCGACCAGCUGGUUGCCGAUUUCUUCAGAAAAUACAAAAUGGGGGGAGUUCAUGGCGAGUCAGAAGUCAAAGUCACGACGCUAGAAUGCAGAUGGUCUGGGCUGAGAAGACAACUGAGUCUGAAAGGAGUUCAGUUGACGAAACACACGGCUCCUUUGGUGUACCAAGCGAUGGCGGAACGAAGAAGAUAUUUAUUCAAGAAACAGUCCGAGGAAAAAAAGAAAUCAGAGGAAGAAGUAAAAUUGCUUCCAAAAAGCAAUAUUUCUAUCAAGGAAGAUGCAAUAGAACUAGUGAAAUUCUUCGUGAAAUACCACACCGAGCUGCCUGAAGUGCUCUCUUGUCUGGUCCAUUUCGUGGUGAUAAAUUACUUGAAGAUUUAUACAGUCUCCGAAAUCGAGAAUCUCAAGUUCGGCGAUUUCAUUCAUCACGAAGAUAAACAUGGCGAGUAUUUUCUCCCCUCAAAGCGGCUCCAGAAAAUUUACGCCUCAAACAACAGCAAUGGUUGGAUCAUCCCCCAGGCGAGCGAGAACGCGGCCUUUCCCUGCCCAGUCGGAGUGCUCAAGUUUUACAUGUCAAAGCUCGAUCCUCACCUCCAGACAAACAAAGAAAACCUCUCAAUAAUGGCCCUCCUGCUUCAGACCUCUAAAGACCCGGAAUGCAUCAAAAAAGGGAUUUGGUUUUCAACGAGCUAUUACAAACCGAAAAGUGCCUUAGCGAAUAUUUUCACUCGAGUUCAAUCAAUUAGCAAUUUGAUCAACGACCCCGUUAAGCUGAAAGGAAGAUACGACAACUCCAGUGUGCCUUUAAUCUGCGAGCAAAUUUUCGCCUCAGCGCCAAAGAAACACCCAGUUCUUCAAAAUCUACAUCACAAGUUUGAAAUCUACCGACUCGCGUCCAAAACCGAAAAGGAGCAGAUUUUCCCGCUCUCUGAAGCUAGAAUCGAUUCACAGUUCAAAAGUAUCAGCGAAAUGAACGCGAUCAAACCGCAAACAGCAGAAACCGCCAAAAGUUCCCUUAUCUAUCAAACUCAAUCACCCGCUGCUCUUAUCACCACCCUCGCCUCGCAAAACCUCACGGCUCAAAGUAUCGUCGAUUCCUUGCCCACUCUUCUUCCAGCAAUUGCGCCUCGCCCGAGUCAGAAUAUUUCCCAGAAAACAGGAUUGAAUGGAAAACGUAUUUUUCCGACAGAACUGCCGAAGAUUUCAGUCCACAAUGUAACAGAUUUGACGAAUGGAGUCUUCCAUGUCGCCAAAAAAGCAAAAGUGAUCGACCUAGACGCAGAAAGUGAAACCCGCGAUAAAGUUUAUAUUUGGAUGAUGGAAAAGAUCGACAAGCAUGAAAGAACGAUUGAUUCUCUGCGAAAAGAGCUGGAAGAAGCAAAAGAAGAAGUGGUAAAGUUGAAAUCGGAGAAAAUGCAAAAAGCUGAAGUUAUUUCUGUAAAAGACGAUGAAGAAGAUUCGCAAAAUGAAAAUGAGUCGAAAUAA